UAAUCUGGACCGAACAAGGUAGGAGACCUGAGCAAGAUGGCGACCACGGUGGCGCGCCACACCAGACCGGAUGUGACGUCCAUUGGACACGACGUCUGCUUCGUGGUUAAAAAGCUGAAAGACCUGGCUGGUACGUGUUUGUGGCACAUGAGUACAUAAACUUAAGGUAAAAUGGCAAAGAACAAACAAAAAGGCAAGAAACCGAAGAACGUCUUUCAGGUGGCAAACAAGCAUUUGAGGAGUAAAAACAAAACCAAACCGGUCACAACGGCUUUAAAAAAUAUUAAUGCAGUGACAAAGGAGAAGGUGGAGAACUUAAAUCAGAUGUUUGCAGAAGUCCAGCAGGAUGUGAAGAACGUGUCCAAGUCCGGUCCUCUUGAAACGAAGAAACAAAAGCAGGUCGUUAAGGAGCCACCGAAGGAACCGGUAAAUGUUGACAGCGCUGCUCAGCUGUUCUCUCAGCUUUAACAAACAAAAAAGACUCAUUAGCAACUCAUUUUACUUCCAAAGGAAGUAAAGCAGAUAAAAAAAUAAAAAAAAAACCUCCAGAAACGCCACUAUGGUAAAACUUAAGACAUCUGAAAUUCACUUCAAACAUGAUGGUUGAAGAUGAAUGGGUUGUGUUUGUUCAAAGUGUUUACUUUUCAGGGCCAUUAAAGGUAGAUAAAGUUGUUUUUUUAUUGUAACUGUAAAUAAUGUAUUAGUAAUUAACAUACAAAUUUUAAAGUAAGCAAUGUAUUUAAAGGAAAAACCAACUCACAUUUUUAUGAAUAAARUACGAGAAUAUGCUGAACUAG